GGAGUAAAAGUCGGCAUCUCUCUCUCUCUCUCUCUCCUCGUUCAGACUCAGUCGCCCUCCUUUUAAACACCUAACCAAUGUCCCUCCCCUGAUUUCCUCUCAACAACACCCACACCCUAGCUCUCUCGCUCUCGAUCAACCAUGGCUUCGGCCGCCACCUGUUCGGCCGACCAGCUCGCCCCCCUCUUCGGCCCCAACGCCACCGACGCCGCGGCCGCCGCCUCCUACAUCUGCGGCCAGCUCUCCGCCGUCUCCGACCGCCUCUCCGACACCUCCUACGCCGUCGACACCACCUACCUCCUCUUCUCCGCCUACCUCGUCUUCUCCAUGCAGCUGGGCUUCGCCAUGCUCUGCGCCGGCUCCGUCCGCGCCAAGAACACCAUGAACAUCAUGCUCACCAACGUCCUCGACGCCGCCGCCGGCGGCCUCUUCUACUACCUCUUCGGCUUCGCCUUCGCCUUCGGCUCCCCCUCCAACGGCUUCAUCGGCCACCACUUCUUCGGCCUCAAGAAGGUCCCCUCCCCCACCAUCGACUACAGCAACUUCCUCUACCAGUGGGCCUUCGCCAUAGCCGCCGCCGGAAUCACUAGCGGCUCCAUCGCCGAGCGGACCCAGUUCGUCGCCUACCUGAUCUACUCCGCCUUCUUGACCGGGUUCGUUUACCCGGUCGUCUCCCACUGGUUCUGGUCUUCGGACGGGUGGGCCAGCGCCUUCAACUCGGGCGAUUUGCUGUUCGGGUCGGGCGUCAUCGACUUCGCCGGGUCGGGCGUCGUCCACAUGGUUGGCGGCAUCGCCGGCCUCUGGGGCGCCCUCAUCGAGGGCCCCCGCAUCGGCCGCUUCGACCACUCGGGCCGCUCCGUUGCCCUCCGCGGCCACUCCGCCUCCCUCGUCGUCCUCGGCACCUUCCUCCUCUGGUUCGGGUGGUACGGCUUCAACCCCGGCUCGUUCAACAAGAUCCUCGUCCCGUAUGCCAGCGGCAGCUACUACGGCCAGUGGAGCGCCGUCGGCCGGACCGCCGUCACCACCACCCUCGCCGGCUGCACCGCCGCGCUCACCACGCUGUUCGGGAAGCGCCUCCUCUCCGGGCACUGGAACGUGACCGACGUGUGCAACGGCCUCCUCGGCGGGUUCGCCGCCAUCACCGCCGGCUGCUCAGUGGUCGAGCCCUGGGCCGCGAUCAUAUGCGGGUUCGUCGCCGCCGGGGUGCUGAUCGGCUGCAACAAGCUGGCGGAGAAGUUGAGGUUCGAUGACCCGCUCGAGGCCGCGCAGCUCCACGGCGGGUGCGGCGCGUGGGGCGUGCUCUUCACGGCGCUCUUCGCCUCGGAGGACUACGUGGCCCAGGUCUACGGGACGGGCCGCCCUUACGGGCUCCUCAUGGGCGGCGGCGGGAGGCUCCUGGCCGCGCACGUGAUCCAAAUCCUGGUGAUAACCGGGUGGGUCAGCGCCACCAUGGGGCCGCUGUUCUUCGUGCUCCACAAGCUGAAACUGCUGCGGAUCUCGGCGGAGGACGAGAUGGCGGGCAUGGAUCUGACCCGCCACGGCGGCUUCGCCUACGUGUACCACGAAGAGGACGAAUCGCAGAAGAACGGGAUCCAAUUGAGGAAAGUGGAACCCGCUUCCGCAACGCUAAGCAUUUAGAUGUGCAAUUUUUUUUCUUCUCAAAAUUACUAUAUGUCAAUUGCCAUCUUCUUCUUCUUUUUUGUUGUGGUGUUCUCUACUAUUGUUAGGUUGAAAAAAAAAAGAAAGGAAGAUGUGAUUAGGUUAAUUUUUAGUAAGGUCUUGGAGGUGGUGAUGUGUGAAAUAAUUUGAUGAGUUGGUGGAUGGUUUUGGGUGUUGGA